AUGAACUUCUUCAGUCGCCAAAAGACAAAGUCUCCGGCAGACAACGUCAAGAGUCUGAGGGACAACAUCCUGCGCUUGGAGAACGCGACCGGUGAGGGGAGCAAGAAGGUGAGUCGAGCUGGUGCGAGUUUCGGACGCUGGUUGGGACUUCCUGGGUGUGCUUGCUCUGCCAUCCUAGCCACCCAUCACCUCCCACGCUGGGACAUAUCAGAUCGCCAGCUGACGCCGUCUUUCUACCCACAGAUCAAUGAAGAGAUCUCCCGCCAGAUCGCCGCUGUCAAAGCUGCCCUCUCUGGAGAGUCGGAUGGCGAGCCUUCUCCCGACAUUGUGGCGCAGGUGGCAAACGAGGUGUACGCGCAAGAUCUCUUGAGUCUCAUGGUGUUACACCUUGGACGAUUCGACUUUGAGGCCAGGAAAGACGUCUGCAAUAUCUACAACAUCCUCCUCCGCCGCCAGCUUGGCACUCGUUCUCCCACCGUCGACACCAUCGCCACCCGGCCCGACAUCAUCUUUGACACUCUCAAAGGCUAUGCCAACCCCGAUGUCGCGCUCAAUACCGGUAUGAUCUUGAAAGAGAUGCUGAGAUAUGAGCCCCUUGCGAGAAUAGUGCUCUACUCGGACCAGUUCUAUACGUUCCCUAAUUACAUCGAGAACACAUCUUUCGGCAUCUCCUGUGAUGCUCUGGCCAACAUGAAGGAAACGCUUACACGACAUAAACCCAUGGUCGCCCAAUACCUCGAAGCCAAUUAUGACCGGUUCUUCGCCAUGUACAACACCCUGAUCCUCUCAUCCAACUACGUGACCAAGCGUCAAUCCCUCAAACUCCUCGGCGAGAUCUUGCUCGACCGCGCCAACUACAACAUCAUGACGCGCUAUAUUGGAUCAGAGGCAAACUUGAAGAUGAUGAUGAACUUUUUGAGGGACAAGAGCAAGAAUAUUCAGUUUGAGGCGUUCCAUGUGUUCAAGGUGUUUGUUGCCAACCCGAACAAACCAGCUCAGAUUGCUAGUAUUCUGCGGAGGAACAAGGAUAAACUUCUGGUAUUCCUCAAAGAAUUCCACAACGAUAAAGAUGGUACGUUAUAUACUUUUCCGAGCUUGCAGACGCUAACGGGUCAUGUCAGAUGA